AUGGCUCUCACAGUCCCAGCGCACAGGCAAGGCGUCACACAUUUAUUUACACCUAAACUGACUGCUUUCGAACACACACCCAAAGCUUCGAACACAGCACCACCAAACAUCAUCAUCUUUAUUGGUGGUCUAUCCGAUGGUUUACUCACUGUGCCAUACCCAUCAUCAAUCGCAGAUGUAUUGCCAGGAGAUUGGUGUCUUGCUCAAGUUUUGCUAAGUUCUGCGUACAUCGGAUGGGGUAUCUCCUCCAUCAAAAAAGAUGCCCAAGAAUUAUCUAAAUGUGUUUCUUAUUUUAGAACAAUCAAAUCAGGAAAAAUCAUCUUGAUGGGUCACUCUACUGGUUGUCAAGAUGUCAUGGAAUACCUAACAGGGCCCGGACAUGAAGCAAAUGCUCCUGUUGAUGGAGGAAUCAUCCAAGCCCCAGUAAGCGAUCGUGAAGCUUUAGGAGAGGAACUCGAUGCAGAUGUCUUAAAGAAUGGCAUAGCUCUGGCACAGAAGAUGGUUGAAGCUGGAGAUGGCGAGGAAAUUCUACCUUCCAAAGCCACGGAAGGAUUCUUUGGGUCACCUGUGUGUGCGAGGAGAUGGCUCUCUCUAGCAAGUCCAAAUCAUGAUGGAGAUGAUGACUACUUUAGCUCUGAUCUCACAGACGAUCAGUUAAAGAAAACUUUUGGAAGCUUGCCUGCUAGAAGCCCAUUGUUGAUUUUAUUUUCUGGGAAUGAUGAAUACGUUCCGAAGUAUGUCGAUAAAGAGGCGCUGGUAAAACGAUGGAUUAGUUUUGUGAAGAAAGGAGAUGGAAAAGUCGAUGAGGAGAAUUCAGCUAUUAUUCCUGGCGCUUCACAUAACCUGACUCAGAGUCCUGAAGCUGUACCAGAGUUGGAUUUGAUCAUACAUGCACGGCACUCCCAUUCCACUCAUUCACCAUCUUCCAGUACACCUGAGGAGCAGAAAACGGUCUUAUUAGCAUUGGACGAUGUUCAAAAACAAACAGAUCUCGCUCAAUCUCCCCAACAAAAAGUAAUCGUCCUAUGGGACCUGGACAACAAGCCACCGUUCGAUUCGAUCAACCCGUACGACGCAGCGCAAAAUCUUCGUUCAUUUGCCUCCCGCUUUGGCAACGUCAUCGAUAUCGCCGCCUUCGCCAACCGAAGUGGAAUGUCAUUUGUCCCUUCUUCGGUCAUAGAAUCACGCAAAGAACUCAAAGAGUAUUACAUGCUGGAGCAUAAAUUGCACAGAAAGUAUAAGAUCAAACCUGAUGAACCUUAUGUAUGUGGUAUUUGUGGCAACAAAAAGAAAACCCAAGUUGAAUUGGCGAAACAUUUCAAGAUCCACGAAAAGGAAAGAGGAAAGAAGUUAACUGCAGCAGCGCAACUGAAGGGUAAAAAAAGGGCUCGGUUUGUGGCGAGAGAAUUAUCUACGGAGAAGAGCGCCAAGUACCAUGAGGCGGCUGUGGGAAUUACCAGGCCUGCUGAUCGGUAUAAACUUGAUACUGAGCUUCGGCGUGCAGGAGUCGUGGUGAAUCUCGUUAAAUCGAGUUCGCAGGCUGCGGACAAAGCAAUCAUAGCAUAUUCAAAUAAGAUGCGGCAGAGGAAGGCAACUUUGUACGAUUGGCUCAUCCUGAUAUCGGAUGAUACUGAUUUUUGGGAUCUGGUGAAACGCCUUUCUCGGAAGGGCGUAGGAACGAUUGUGGUGGGGGAUCGGAUGCGAAAGGUCGGAGGACAACCGAGUAAGAAACUAGCGAGGGCGGCGUGUGCGUGGGUGCCGUGGAGUUUAGUUGAGACAGGUUGUGUAGACAAGGAUACCAUCAAGGAAGCAUUUGCAAAUACCGUGCUGACAGAGAAGAAAGAUGAGAAAAUAAGGCAGAUAAAGGAGAUCUUUGGUAUAAGUGAGCAGGAUGGAAUUGUGGAAUCAUAUUCGAGACACUCUUUCAAUGAGAGCGAUGAUUCGGAUAUAUCUGAUCAAAAAAUCUCGAAUCAGCACGCAUCAAACCUUUCGGGGACGUACAUCCCAAACUCAGACUUGGAUCUAGACUUAGAUCACCCAUUAUCACUAGGUUCGCCGUUAGACGCUUCUUAUGUUGAAGAAAUUCUUGAUGACCUUGCCCCCGCGAGUCCUCUAGACCAUUCGACGAGAUCGAAAUCUAGAUCUGGGUCUAAAAAGUAA